AUGGUGGUGGAUAUCAAAUUGGUUCUGGUGCUGGAUGGCAUAGGUGAGAGUUGUACUAAUAUUCUGAAUUUCCACGGUAUUCAAACCAUUUCCAGGCCGGACAUCUUAAGGAAGGACUUGUUAAAUGAUUUAUAUGCUUACGACGCAAUAGUGGUGCGACCCGACACUUUAGUCACUAAAGAAAUUGUUGCAGCUGCGUUUCGUUUAAAGGUAGUCGCACUCGCGAGCCCUGGUUAUGGCCAAAUCGACGUGGAGGCAGCUAGCCACAGGGGCGUUAGUGUUAUCAAUGCUCCGAACUCAAAUGUAAUUAGUGCUUGUGAGUUGAUUUGUGGAUUGUUAUUGGCUGUGGCGAAACACAUGCGACCUGCCAGGACCGCUUUUUCUAAGGGUCUUUGGAACUAUGGCUCAUUCAAAGGCACUGAGCUUAAAGACCGUACCGUUGCUAUCAUUGGCUGUGGCAGAGUUGGUAAGGGAGUCGCUAGUCGGAUGAGCGCUUUCGGUAUGAAGGUAGUGGGUUUUGACCCGCUGCUAGCCGCUACACACAACAACGAGUUCUGCACUAUGAUAAUGGAUCUAAAUGAAAUUUGGCCUAUCGCAGAUUAUAUUGUGUUACUAGGUGAUUACGUACUCUAUUCGAUAAUUGGCUUCGAUCCGUUUGCAACUGAGGAGCAAUGUGAACAGUACUACAUAUCGAAAAUGACCCAAGAAGAACAACCUGCAUUCCAGCAGUGGCUAGACAUCCAUUCGCCUCUCCUUCAACCUACUCGCAAUUUCAUAAACGCUGAUGUUAUUCGCCGCUGCAAGACUGGCGUGAAGAUAAUAAACGUAGGACGCGGUGGUCUUAUCAAUGAGAGGGACCUCUUGGAUGCUCUUAACUCCGGACAGGUAUUAUCAUUUGUAAAUAACAGAUUUGGAGUGACUUCACCGAGUGGGAUAAGGGCAUGGGGAUGA